CAAACCUUUGAUUUCCCCCAAGCACCAUUCUUAAGCCCUCCAAAAAACAAAACACAACAACAAUCCAGGUGGAUAUUUAUUUACAACCUUUGUUUCAUCUUCUUCUCCCCCAUAUUUAAUGCUCCCCACCCUCACAGGCACAGCACAGUCCCCGUGUCGUUUCUUCCUGUAACCUAUCUACUUCCGUUUUUUAAAAUUGUGUCCGAAUUUCAGACAUUGAUGCCAAUCAAUGAAUGGAUGGUGUCUGAGCCUGAAAGCUAAAGGACAAUAACUUAGCAUACCUUUACAUUAAUUUCAUGGCAGCGAAUGCAACCACCACUACUACUACAACUACCGUAAGGACAUCUCAACAUAAGGUCCACACCCAGCCCAUCAAGCCCAAACGCCGCAAGUUCAAGGAAACCACGAUUUCUUCCUCCGCCGCCACAGUUGCGGGUGACAACGCCGGCAGUCGUGAGUAUAGUUGUGGUCAUUCAAGCAGGAAGCUUGACCCGCCUGUUAACUCCUGGAGUGGCCCUGCUUCCAGACCCAUCCCCACUCCACCUUCUCCUCCUGUGCAAUUCCGCCGUGCACCAGUAAACCCUAACCUGGAGACGGCUCCGACAGAUUCUUCUUCUUCUUCUUCUUCUUCGUUCAGGAUCCGGUUUUCUCCGGGAACUCUUUCCCCGGUGAUGGAUUUUGUCGGUACGACGACAUUGACAAAUGGGCAUUCGCCUUCCAACUUUACUAAGUUCAACUCCGCACUCACUGCGGGCCUCUUGAAUCCAAUGUCGCCGCCGCCACCGUCUGACAAAACGCGAUCCAGUCCGACCCUUUUCGAGAUGAUGGCUAGCGAACCCGACAUUCAACCCAGAACACAAAACCAGAUCCAGCUAUCCAUGUCGGCCCCAAAGCCUCCUCACCAGCCUCCACAAAUUAUUGAUCACCAGGCAUUGACUAUGCAGAGGAUAACGGAUCUUUUGUCCUCCCGGAGCCCCGGGAACCAGUUUAACGACUCGGGUUCGAGUGAUAUCAAGCUGACAUUGAGUUCCAAGGAUGGGAUUAGCGUGUCACUGAGCGUGCACAGGCAGAUUCUUGUGGCUCACAGCAGGUUCUUUGCAGUGAAGCUAUCUGAUCGGUGGACGAAGCAGCAGAGACCUGGCUCAGGGCCGUACAUUGUGGAGAUAGCGGAUUGUGAUGAUGUGGAGGUGUACAUAGAGACUUUGAGGUUGAUGUAUUGCAAGGAUCUGAGGAAGAAGUUAAUGAGGGAGGAUGUAUCUAAAGUUCUUGGGAUUUUGAAGGUUUCAGCUGCAAUUGGAUUUGAUGCUGGGGUUUUGUCUUGUUUGGAGUACUUGGAAGCUGCUCCUUGGGCUGAGGAUGAAGAAGAGAAAGUGGCUUCAUUGUUGGCAGAGCUCCGCCUUGAAAAUGUUGGUGCAGGAGAAGUUUUGAAGAGGGUUUCUGUUGAAGUUCCUAAUGGAACUGAAGAGGGUAAUAACAAUGAGGAAGUACUUCUCAAGCUUUUGCAUGUUGUCCUUGAAGGCAAAGAUGAGAAGGCAAGGCGUGAGAUGAAAGGAUUGGUUUCUAAGAUGCUUCAUGAGAGUUCAUCCCAGAAUGAUCUUAGAAAAGAAUCUUUGUAUUCAGCUUGUGAUGGGUGUUUGCAACUUCUUCAACACUAUUUUUUCCGAGCAGGAGCUUCUGAUUUUCAGGACGUGGAUCAGAUUGCCAAACAAGCAGAUAACUUGCACUGGAUCUUGGAUAUUUUGAUUGAUCGACAGAUUGCGGAGGAUUUUCUGAAAACAUGGGCUUCUCAAUCAGAAUUAUCAGAUGCACAUUCUAGGAUACCAGUAGUUCACAGAUAUGAGGUUAGCAGGGUGACUGCUAGGCUAUUUGUUGGAAUUGGAAAGGGGCAACUAUUGGCAUCAAAGGAUGUGAGGUGCUUGCUUUUACAGACAUGGUUGGUGCCAUUUUAUGAUGAUUUUGGGUGGAUGAGGAGGGCAUCAAAAGGCCUUGAUCGACAUUUAGUUGAGGAUGGUCUUAGUAACACAAUUCUCACUUUGCCUUUGGCUUGGCAACAGGAAAUUUUGCUUGCUUGGUUUGAUCGUUUCUUGAACUCUGGUGAAAACUGUCCAAACAUACAAAGGGCAUUUGAAAUUUGGUGGAGGAGGGCAUUCUGGCGACGUGGUGGUGAAGAGGAACGGCCCAGGCAACUGCGAAUUACAACUGCAACCAUUGAGAACUCAUAAAGUUUUCAAUUCCAUGAUGCAAAAGACAGUGUUCAUGGAGCUUUCAGAGGCAAGAAGUUAGUUCUAUCCAUCAUCGGUGAAAAACCUGGAGUGGAGCCUCCCAAGACCCUGUAGCUGAUUCUAGGGGUAUAUGCUUUUAAAAAUGUUGGAGCUGGGAUCAAGGUGAGUUUGAAGUUGAAGGUUUGUGAAUUGAAAUGAAUAAAUUGAUUAUAGAGCAGCCUGUAUGGUGGUGCUUAAUUUAGUUGGGUUGGUGACACAUUUCAUUGUUCCAAUGUAAGCUGAAGCAUCUUUAUGAAUAUAUUUUACCGAGAUGAUACUGGACAAUGGUUUAUUUGCUGGUUUACUUGUGGAAAUAACAUUGGUAUAACUUCCUGGCUGGUGUAAUGUAUAUGAACCAGAUUCUUACUUGAUACAUGGGAAUAGAAUUCAAAAAUAUGUUCUUUUCUUCUUUGUUGAGUAUAAUAUAUAUGGGUUUCAAACUUUACUCAAAGCUAUAGCAUUCAGAUUCUUGUGGAAACAAAAGAAACAAGCUACACUACUUUAAGCACCUUCAUACCUUUGAAGUUGCAAACUUAGGCUGUAUAUGGUAUACUGGGCUCUUUUCUCUUGUUUUACCUGUCUGUAUGGUUAUAUAUUAAUAAUACUCCAUAAUUUUG